AUGUCUUCCAAGUGGUCUCGACAGCCUCUGAGGCUCAUCUACAUCCUGCUGAUCGCACCUCCCACAUUUGUCGCCUCUUUGUUGAGGAAUGUGUUCUUCAGCAUUGUUCCUCGAACCAGGCCGAACCCCCGAUGGUCCUUCCGCCAGUCUUUCAUGGUCCAGCUCGUCAAGACUGUGAUCAAUGUCCAGUCAACCAUCCGCUUGUCCCGGCCGCUUUCCUUGCUGCCCAAAACCGAAGGGGACAGAUUUGUGGUCGUGACCCCAGCCGACAAACGUCGAUUCCACGGCCCAUGCGAUGACGAGGUCGUGAAGCCGGGUCUCGUCGGGAACACUUGGACGCCAGCUCCCGUCACGACCCAGGGGCAGGACCAUCCGGAAGACCUCCUCGUUGUUCUGCAUCUGCACGGCGGUGCUUACGUCGUGGGAGCCGGCCGCGACGCGGACAUGGGCUUCGGCGUCCGGACGAUGCUGCGCAACAUGCCCUGCACUCACGUAUGCUCGCCUCAGUACAGGCUGUCUCACGACGCCAGCGGACGCUUCCCCGCCGCUUUACAGGACGCCAUCUCGUCCUACGCAUACUUGCUGCACGAUCUCAACAUCCCGGCGUCUCGGAUCGUUCUGAGCGGAGACUCGGCUGGUGGCAACAUAGUGCUGGCGCUGCUGCGAUAUAUCGCGAAAUGGGGCACGGAAGCGGACCUCCCCUGGCCACGGUCGGCUCUGCUCUGGUCCCCAUGGGUUGACGUCGCCGGCUCCCAAGAUUCGGUCGGGGUCCAGAAACGUAGAAACUACUCCACCGACCUGCUUCCCAGUUCCUUUAUCAAAUGGGGCGCCGAAGCACUCACCAGCCACGGGCCUGUGUCGGCAAAAUCCCCGUGGAUAUCGCCCAUGACCGGCAAUUUCAGGAGCGAGGCACCUAUCUGGGUGCAGACUUGCACGCAUGAGCUGCUUUUCGACGAGAACCUACAGCUUGUCAAAUGGCUGAGAGAGGCUGGCAAUGACGUCGAACAGUACAUCGUGGAAGACGCUCCGCAUGAUCCCAUUCUUCUGGGUGAUUUGGCGGGGUUCGAGGAGGAAGCAGUCGGGUGUGCGAAGGACGCUGCAAGGUUUCUGGAGAGGACCGAACGUCGUUGA